AUGAUUAUUGACGUACCGUACGCUAACCCUCCUCGAUGCCUAAAGUAUUUUUCCCUCAUUGGCCCGAACAUCGACUGCAUGGAAGAAAAGUACAUGACUGCAAUGGUGGGCCAAGACGAGAAGACCACAUGCUGCUUUUGCUGUCGCCGUGGGCCAAUCGCUUUGAGACUGACGUUGGAACGUAGCGCCUAUGUCUGCGGUGAAAACAUACGCGUAGUGGUUGAAGUGGAGAACCAUAUCGACCAGGAUGCCUGCGUCAAACUGAAGCUCGAACAAGUAAAAUAAAU